GCUAUGUUGGUAUUUCGUCGUGCUUUCAUAAUUCAGUUUGGCUUCUAAUGGUGUCUGCCCUUUUUGGAGUGGAGAAGAGAGUAAACAUACAGACAUCACUUUCAUUACCAAAAUCAAUGUUCACUGUAUUACGAUUCGGUGCAUAUAUUGCUUGAGUUGAUGGUUGGCGAAUACACGUAUAUAUAAAUAUACAUACUCACAUAGAGACAAACCCCCGUCGUGUAUCUAUCUGUGUGAGUGUAUAUAUAAAAUAUAUUGUUGUUUCGUAGUGAGGGUUUGGAGGGGGUUCGAAGGUUUUUCUAUUUAAAUUCCCUCUUUUUCUAAUUAAACUAGUGUUAAAGUGGGGCGUAAGAUUCCAACCCAAAAGCUGUGACUUUAGGGUUUUGCUGCAGCUGUAAGAAGGGGGGGUUGGGUCCAUUUCAUGUUUAUUAUAGAUUAUCGGGGGAAGUUUGCAUCUUCAUAUCGAGGUAGGUAAACACCCAAUCUUUAAAGUUACUGGUGUCGUCAUCUUUUCAUUUUUCUUGAUGAACAGUCAGUUCAUUUGGGAUUUACUCUCUGAAAGCAAAUAGACAUUGCUACUUUAUUUUCACCUCCACAUACAUACACACCUUUUGUUUGCUGUGUAUCCUUCGAUUUUGCUGCGAUUGAAGAGUGAAAGAUUUGAUAUUUUGUGGGUGUUCUUGUGGGGAAUAUUUGUCAGGUGAUUGAAUCAUUGGUUUGGUUUUGUUGGUUGGUUGUUCCAUCUACUGUAAGAAGGAAAAAAACAGGAAAAAGAAAACCAAGGAUUUAGAAGAUGCUUAUUUGGCUUAUUAUUGUGGAAAUGAUUGGGCAUGGUUUAUGUGCUAGAUGAAAUGGUUUGGCCUAUAGCAGAAAUGAGAGGGCAGAGAUGGAUUUUUAGGCAAGGCCAUGGCAGCCAUGGCCAUCUCAAACUGUCCUUGAUUCAGCAUCAAAUCAAUCAGAAAGAUGCUGUCUUGGCGGCAUAUCCACCACCUCCUCCUCCUCUUGGAUCUUUGCCUCCUUCUCCAUAUGUUGGUGUUGGCAAUUUUCACAAAGAACCAGCCCCCUCAUCUUCAUCUGGAGCAAAAGUCAGCCCUGCUGUUCUUUUCAUUAUAGUGAUUUUAGCAGUUCUGUUCUUCAUAUCAGGUCUACUCCACUUGCUUGUUCGAUUCCUUACCAAGAACCCUUCUUCAUCGGAGUCUAAUCGAAAUUUAGAGCCUUCAAGCUCUGAUGCCCUUCAGAGGCAGCUGCAGCAGCUCUUCCAUUUACAUGACUCUGGUUUGGAUCAAGAUUUUAUAGAUGCAUUGCCUGUUUUUACAUAUAAGGAGGUCGUGGGUCCGAAGGAGCCCUUUGAUUGUGCAGUUUGUUUGUGUGAAUUCUCCGAGGCUGACCAGUUGAGAUUGCUUCCAAUGUGUAGUCAUGCCUUUCAUAUCAAUUGCAUCGACACUUGGCUCCUAUCGAAUUCUACUUGCCCUUUGUGUAGGGGCACUUUGUUUAACCCCGGGUUCUCUGUCGAAAACCCCAUGUUUGAUUUUGAUGACUUUAGGGAAGAAGAUGGGUAUCAUCUACAUAAUGGAGACAAUGGAAUCUCCGUAGCUCAGAAGAGGGUUGAAAUUGAGGAAGUGACGACAGAAAAGGGUGUAUUCCCCGUCCGGCUUGGAAAGUUUCGGAAAUUGAAUGUCCCCGAAGAGACAGAGUCUGUCGGGGAGACCAGCAGCAGUAAAUUGGAUGCGAGAAGAUGUUUCUCAAUGGGUUCUUAUCAGUAUGUCGUUUGUGAUGCUGACCUUCGGGUGGCCUUGAGCAAGUGCGACCCGAAGCUUGAUAAAGGAGCCGAGCGAGCUGUUAAUGGUGCUGCAGUGGAUGAGAGUGCAGAUGGGAAGAAGAUAUGUAUAGGGAUGAAGACUGAUAGCUACUCUGUUUCCAAGAUAUGGCUGUGGUCGAAAAAGGGGAAAUAUGCGACUUCCGCAGAUGCCCACAGGGAGAACCCUUCUUCGCCAAGCAUGGACUUACCAUGGAUGCAUCGAACUGAAGGAUUGUGAAUGGGAGUACUCAUGCUGUCCUUUUACUACUAGAUAUAUUGAUUCCUCAAUCAUCGAUUGCUUAAUAGAUUUAAUACCAUGGUGCUUGCAUUAUUCUUUUUGUCCUGGAGUUUCAGUGCCUUGAUGGACCAAAAUUUCGCCGUAGUUCACAGCACGGUAGCUGUAUAAUUUGAUGCAUUAAUGGUUCUUCAUCUGUUUAUUUU